GAGAGAUUAAAAUAUAAAUACCACAACGGACUAAAGUCCGUUGGCGGUAGGACAUAUCAUAGAAGCUUUGAAGAUUUGAAGUGCUGUUACAUAUUUACAUAACAUACUUUACAACAUAUUAAUACUGCGUCCAUCAAUAGAAGACAUCGGGGUAAUGAAUAGGAUAUGCAACUGCGCACAACACUGUACGAUUUCUAGCAAACAAAGCAUACGAACUAUUAUCAAUAAUUUUUCACUUCUACAGCCGGCUCUCCCCAGGCAUAUCUCCGCAAUCAGCUGUCUGCAUACACGCUCCACUAGCAACUCAAUACUCAUCAGAUUUACUAACAAUUGUACACAAAGCGGAAUAAACAGCACUCUGAUCCACAGCAGAAUGCUUUCGCAUAAAUCAGACACCAUGAACAACAGUACUGACGAAGUGCCAGCUCAAAAGGAGCAAACCAAUGCGGAAGAGAUGCAAUAUCUGGAUAUGGUACGGAAUAUAAUCGCCAACGGUGCACUAAGAGGCGAUCGCACAGGAACUGGUACCCUUUCCAUCUUCGGGGCACAGAUGAGAUACUCGUGUAGAGAUGGGGCGUUCCCAUUGCUUACCACUAAGCGCGUGUUCUGGAGGGGAGUGGCUGAGGAACUGCUAUGGUUUGUCAGCGGCGACACCAAUGCGAAGACUCUGCAAGACAAGAAUAUUCACAUCUGGGAUGGGAAUGCGUCCCGCGAUUUUCUGGAUAAACGGGGUCUGGCGCAUAGAGAGGUUGGUGAUCUGGGGCCCGUCUACGGCUUUCAAUGGCGACACUUUGGCGCCGGCUACGUUGACAUGCAUACGGACUACACAGGGAAGGGCAAAGAUCAAUUGGCAGAUGUGAUCCACAAGAUUAAACAUACACCGAAUGACCGUAGGAUAAUCAUCAGUGCCUGGAACCCAUGCGACCUGGAUGAUAUGGCGCUGCCACCGUGCCAUCUGAUGUGCCAAUUCUUUGUGGCCAAUGGAGAGCUCUCAUUGCAGAUGUAUCAGAGAUCCGCCGAUAUGGGCCUUGGUGUUCCAUUCAACAUCGCAUCGUAUGCAUUGCUGCUUGCGAUGGUCGCCCAUGUCACAGGGCUCAAAGCGGGCGAUUUUGUGCACACCAUUGGCGAUGCACACGUGUACUGCAACCACGUGGAUGCCCUCAAGGAACAGCUCGGACGCACACCAACGGUGUUUCCCAAGUUAAGAAUCAAACGAACCGUAACAGACAUAGACGAUUUCAGAUUUGAUGAUUUCGAAUUGGUCGACUACAAACCGCAGAAGACCAUCAAGAUGCAGAUGGCUGUGUAGGCUGCACAGUCCGACGAGCAGUUUAAAGACCCAGACAAACAAAAUAUUUAAACAAUAGGAAAUUUAAGCCGAUUUUCCGAAAUGAGAUUAAAGCGCAAUUCUACUAAUUGUGCAAAAGAAAUUAAG